UUGUUUUCUUUUUAUUUCUCCGUAUGAUUUAUAUCGCGGUUUUAAGUAUCCCCAAUCCCUGAAAUUCCUGAUGCGAUGGAACUGAUAUCUGCUGUUUGCUGUAAAACUGUCUUGCGUGUGUAUAUAUACUGAUAUUUCAGCUAGUUUAUGGGAUAAGUAGAAAAUCAUAGCAACUCUUCUCUAAUUCAUACAAUCCGCAUGCCUCUUGCAGGAAACCAAGUGUUAGAGUUGCCUGUGUUUACAGAUCUUUUUGUUAGAAAAUCCUACAGGAAAGAUGUUCAAUGAGCUAUUGGAGUGACAGUCUUAAAUUAUUGAUGAUGUGUGUUAGAAAUCCUACCUGGGAAUAAGCGCAGCAGAACUUUGAGAUCUUUACAGGACUAGUUGUUUGUCGGGUUUUAAGGCAAAGAUGGAGAAUAUGCAGUAUGCGGAGGAGCUAAUCAGAGAGUUUUUUGUAUUCAGAGGGUUUACAAACACUCUGCAGGCUUUUGAGAAAGAACUGGACAGCGAUAUUGGGAAGGGGUUCCAAGUUGAUAGGUUAUUGGACUUGAUUUUCACCGUUUACAUUCCAAAAUUUCAAGCUGCGAACUUGGUUAAUCUGCUUCACUUUUUCAAGGAAUGCUUUGGUUCAUACGAGAUUGAACUUAUGUCUAGCUUAUCUAAAUUGGAAGUCUCGAUUAUGCGUUACUAUAUCAUCCACGCGUUGCAAUCAGGAAAGAGGGAGAAAGUGAUUGAAUUUUUUGAUACCCAUGGCAGUGUGUUGGUGCAAAAACACCAAGAUUGGGCCUUAUGGUUUGCGAUUCCAUAUCACAAGAGUCCUCAUUUGGAUCCUGAAUUUCGUUUGUACUUCUCUAAAGAGUGGAUCAAUACCUUACAGCUUUCUGUCAGGAAUUUUCUUAGCAAGAUGCUUCACGAUACUCGCAUCCCUGCAUUACUGAAGAUCAGUUCUGAGCAUAACACUGUGAAUCGUCUCAAGGGAGACAUUAAGCAACUCAAUCUCAAAGUUUCACAACUUCAGGCCUGGUUAGAGGAGAAAGAGGUCCAGCUAUGUCAAGCUAGGAGUGGCAAGAGAGAUUCUUUUCAAUACAUUGAUGAUAGAAGCGCUGCUGGUUCUCAGGACUUAAAGUCUUGUGUGAGUAAGAGUGAGAAAAGUGGUUUGUUCCAAAAUGUUCAAGAUACUCGUGGUGAAAUGCAGAGAGAGGAAGAAUUCCCGGAAGUGAGAGUAGACUAUCAGGAGACAUUCCUUGGUCACACAAGUCCAAUCACUCAAUGCCGCUUCUCUGCAUCUGGGGACAAUAUCGCUAGUGCUUCUGUGGAUGGGACAGUUAGGAUAUGGACUUAUGAAUCAUCAGCAUCAACAUCAAGAAAUGCCACUAUCUAUUGUGGGACAGAAGUCAUUUCUCUUGAGUGGGAUUCCAAAUCUGAUCGUCUGCUUCUGAUAGGCACAGCUGAUGGAGGCAUCAAAGCAUGGAAUGUUGAUGCAAAACGUGUUGUGUGCGAUCUUAAAUGCACCAAAGAAUUCACUAGUGUGCUAGACCUAAAAUGCAGCCCCGUGGAGCCCAUUUUUGUUUCUGCUGCAGCAUCCACAAGGCCUGGUUCUAUGUACUUCGAUAAGUUGGGGCAUGCUUCAUUAACAGUUUGGAACAUGAGGACAUGGAAAGCCAUGACAGUUCUUCCUCUUGGUGAAGAUCCACCUGCAAUUACAUCACUAUGCUUCAAUCACAAUGGGAAGCUCUUAGCAGCGGCUGCCACAGAUGGAAUGAUACAUAUGUUUGAUAUGUCUGCUGGUCAGCAAAUCACUGGAUGGCCAGCACAUGAUUUUCCAAUUAGCUCUGUUUUAUUUGGGUCUGAUGAGACAAGCAUCUUCACUCUGGGAGCAGAUGGAAAGAUAUUUGAGUGGAGUUUGCAGAACCAAGGUGAAGUACUAUGGUCUAGUAAUUGCAGCAGGUUCUGCAACAUUCAAAGUGAUAUCAUAUAUAAGCAAGAAAUGGCUUUAGACGCUAAUGGGAAUCAACUUCUGCUCUCAUCUAAUUCGCUAAGAGCGCCUAUUUAUAAGGUUCGUGGUCGCAUGGGUGGUAUGACAACUCUACCUCACAGUGGGUCUAUAACAACCGUAGAUUGGCAUCCAACACUGCCUUUGUUAUUAACGGGAUCAGUAGAUCAGUCUGUUCGGAUCACAUCAAUAUUGUGAUUGUAUUUCUACACCCGUAAUUUUUCUGCAAACACUAUAGAAAGAAACCUUUUGUGGUUGUGGUUGUGGUUGUGCUUGUGUUGAAUAGUAUUUGUAGUCCAACUUUUGACAUGACCAUUUUUCACCCUCAAAAUUCUCACGAGGAUUAGGACGGGACCGAUGGUUCUGAUCUUCAAAUGCAUUGGAGCUUGGUGGUAAACGAUACAGGUAUCAGUUUGGUUAUAUGGCCAUUUUUUGGAAGUUUGAGGUGAACUUUCGAAAUUGUGCCUCCUGUAGGUGAAUAGUGAAAACAAUCAAUUCUUCCAAAGUAGGAGGGAAUAUAUAUGCAUGUAUGCUAUACUUAUAUAUAAUCACAUCUAAAGGACACUUCUUCAAAUAAAAUCAGCAGAAUUGAUUGUAAAUGAGGACAAUUGUUUAGAAUUUAGUUGUACUGGACUUGUAUAAUUUAUUUAGCAUUUUAGCAUUCCAAUUCCAACGACAUAAAAGGGGAUGCAUCGCAUGGAUAAUUUGAAC